UGGGGGAAGGGAGCAGGGCCCAGCGCAAGAGGGCAGUGGUGGGGAGGGAACAGUGCAGGUUUUCCUCUUCCCUAUGGUGACAUCAUGGCAAAUUCCCAAACUGGACGGACCCGGCUCGGGUGACGUCUAGCAGGGCUGAGCCGGUUCGGGCCAGCCCGGGGGGACCUCGAUGCCAGCCGAGGGGCUGGGCACUGCUCCCGCCUGGCCAGAGCCCUGGGGGCGGGGUUCUGCUCCGCCCUCCCUCGGCUCGGACUGUGCCCUCGGCGGGCAUGCGGACCGGCAGGGUAGGGCUAGGGCGGGCUUCUCUGGGCCAAGGAUCAAGGUCUCUGUCAGGAGUUAUGCCUCCACACUUUCCUGCCUCCGGGACCCGGACUCUGAAGAGGGCGCAGUAGAGUCCCAGCGGAGUUCGAGAACCCGCGCCACCUAUGCCCGAGGCGGGACCUAUUAUGUCCCCGCCCAGGGGCGGGGUCACUUAGUCCUGAGAACCGCCCCUCAAUACUAGAGCCUCUCGGAUGCAAUCACUGGGAGCGGAAGUUACGAAGCCCCGAGAAGAAGGCGACGGAAGUGGAAGCGCUACGGCCUGUCCGUGCGCAUGCGCCAGUCUGGUCCUUUGCUGCCGUUGCUCAGAAGCUACUCUUUUUCCCUACACUCUCCUUUAAUUCACGCGACGGGGUUCGCGGACCCCCGAGUCGUGGUCGCGCGCUCAACACCUCUGCUGCUCUCGUGGCCGUUUCGCGAUGGCGGGCAUCCUAUUUGAGGAUAUUUUCGAUGUGAAAGACAUUGACCCGGAGGGCAAGAAGUUUGACCGAGGUAAGUAAGUGUCUCGACUGCAUUGUGAGAGCGAAUCUUUCAAGAUGGACCUCAUCUUAGAUGUAAACAUUCAGAUUUACCCCGUAGACUUGGGUGACAAAUUCCGAUUGGUCAUAGCCAGUACCUUGUAUGAAGAUGGUACGCUGGAUGAUGGUGAAUACAACCCCACAGAUGAUCGGCCUUCCAGGGCUGACCAAUUUGAGUAUGUAAUGUACGGUAAAGUGUAUAGGAUUGAGGGAGACGAAACUUCCACUGAAGCAGCAACACGUCUCUCUGCCUACGUGUCCUAUGGGGGCCUGCUCAUGAGGCUACAGGGUGAUGCCAACAACCUGCAUGGAUUUGAGGUGGAUUCCAGAGUUUACCUGCUGAUGAAGAAACUGGCCUUUUGAGCCACCCAGGAAGCCAACCCUGCUGUUUAGUCACUCAGAUCAUGGACAUUUUGUCCAUUUCUGCCCCAAACUUCCAUCUGACUUGUCCUGUUGAGGGCAUCACCAUCCAGACGUUCAAGCCUGAAUAGCAGUUGCUGUUGUUCACCUGUUACGGAGGGGCUGGCUCUCUGUCCACCAUGGGUGCUCCUUUAGGUGGUCUGGAUGCAUUGGGAAACUGACUUGGAAGACUCAGUGGAAAUCCUUAAACUGAAUUAGAAGUUGUUUUGUGUAUAUGAUUUUUUAAAUUAAACUUAAAUUUUUCA